CGGCCCCGGUGCCUCGCACACGCGCAUAGCGCUCCAUGGCUCCAAGAUGGCCGACGCGGCGCCCGGAGGUUCCGGCACGAGGUCGGGCAGCAAGCACACGACCACGCCGGCAGAUAACUACUACCUGGCCCGAAGAAGAACUCUGCAGGUGGUGGUCAGCUCCUUGCUCACUGAAGCUGGUUUUGAGAGCGCUGAAAAGGCUGCGGUGGAAACACUGACAGAGAUGUUACAGAGCUAUAUUUCUGAAAUUGGAAGGAGUGCAAAGUCCUACUGUGAGCAUACAGCCAGAACGCAGCCUACACUCUCUGAUAUAGUGGUUACUUUAGUGGAAAUGGGGUUCAAUGUUGAAACGCUUCCUGCAUAUGCAAAGCGCUCUCAGAGGAUGGUCAUCACUGCCCCUCCUGUGACAAAUCAGCCUGUGACUCCCAAAGCCCUGACAGCUGGACAGAACAAACCACAUCCAUCCCACAUCCCUGGCUAUUUUCCUGAGUUUCCAGAUCCUCACACCUACAUCAAGACACCAACAUACCGAGAGCCAGUGUCUGAUUAUCAAGUCCUACGGGAAAAGGCAGCGUCUCAGAGGCGCGACGUGGAAAGAGCUCUCACCCGCUUCAUGGCUAAGACAGGAGAAACGCAGAGUCUCUUCAAAGACGACGUUAGCACAUUCCCAUUGAUUGCUGCCAGACCUUUCACUGUACCCUACCUGACAGCUCUUCUCCCCUCUGAGCUGGAAAUGCAGCAAAUGGAAGAAACAGAUUCAUCUGAGCAAGACGACCAGACAGACACAGAGAACCUGCCCUUGCAUAUGAGCACGGAUGAUUCAGGACCUGAAAAAGAGAAUGCUUCAGUAUUACAGCAGAACACCUCCUUGUCUGGCAGCCGGAAUGGGGAGGAGAAUAUGAUAGACAAUCCUUACCUCCGGCCAGUGAAAAAGCCCAAGAUCCGCAGAAAGAAAUGAAAUGUGAUCAGCUGGCUGCUAGAAGAAAGAGGAGCCCAUUUCUCCGGCUGUUAUGAAUAGUCACCUCUGCUGCUGUGGGUAGGAGGCAUGGAGCAAGACAGGAGAGCCAGUCCGACUGAAUGGCAGAAGCAGAGGAAUGAUCUUUGUCUGCCUAGCAAACUACACUGUCAUCACUUUGCAGUGCUCCCUCUUUCUCCUCUGCUUUCCUCCUAAUUGGGAAUGCUGAGUGGUCAGUUGCCUUAAAAGUGGUGAAAACCACUGAGUUACAGAUGGGAAUUGUCUCAUUUGCUUUGGUUUCUUCUGACUGUUGGGGAGAUUUUCUCUCUACAGAGGCAUGGGAUACAAAGAUUCUUGCUGCUCUACAGAACACGAAGACAUAAUUUGUUUUUGGCUGCCUUACAAGCUAGAAAAGAAACUUCUGCAGUGAACUUUGUUUGGCUUUAUAAUCUGUGAAGCAUGUAUUAAGAGAGAGAAAAAUCCCGCAGAGGUUUCUUUCCUUUUAUUGUUGGCAGGUAAAAGCAAACACUUUUACUGAAGAGUGAAGUGUAAAUACAAAGCUAAGAGGGAUUUAUUCUCAACUUUUCUGACUGCAGCUGCACUUCCAACUUAAAAGUGCUGAGUGUGGUGUUUACCCGACUCUGCUUUGAGAUUAUUUUCUAGCAGUACCAAUGGCAGGAUUCAACAACUGCCUUGGGCUCUUUUUUAGUUCUCUUGUUAGUUUUAACACAGCACAAGUCCUUUGAGAGUUCAUGCCUUCACCAGCUGUUUUGAAAGAUGCUUGCUGCAAAGCUUGGAAUAUGGAAUAAAGCUGUAUUGAUUACAGUCUGCAGGGCUGUGCUAUUGA